AUGUCACAUAAAAAUUGCCAAUCCUUAUCAAGUAGCCGGUCAAACCCAAUAUCCAAUACUUUAUCUUAUCUACACUUUACCUGGCCAUUUUGUAAGUUAAAGAACAAAAUUCAACAUGUUGGGUCCUUUGGCGAGAAUUUCGAACCAAUCUGGCAGGAAUGUGAUGAGGAGUUUCAUCAGGAAUGGAUCCAAUGGUGGAAUCCCUGGAGAGAACCUUCCAUUCGACAUCCACAACCGCACGCGCCUCACUCUGAACUUCUUUUGGUUCGUGGGCACCGGUAUCGCGGCUCCGUUCGUCGUGCUAUGGCAUCAGAUGAACAAGAACUAAACUUCGUACACUCCAGCUGAACAAAGUUAAACUGAAUUAUUAAUUUAAUAAUUUUGUUACUAGCUAUGUAGAUAAAUCUCAAAUAUAAGUGAUAGAAAAUAAAAA